AUCAAGAUCAAUCUGUGAAUCACUCUGAGUGUUUUCUGUGCAAGAAACAGCUAAUCUCCAGAUUCUUCAGCUUAGAAAAGAGAUGAUGUCUGAGGAUUGUUUGUGUCUUGUCCAAUGCAGAAAUGUGUGGAGGCAGGAGAAAGCAUGAAGUGGAACUAUUCAGUAAUGAGUCUGAAAGACGUAGAAAGAUGAUGAGGAACCAUACUUUUGGUCUGACACAAAUGAUUGAGGAGAGUGGGAAGAGGAGGAGGACAAUGGCAGAGAAGAGACAGCUGUUCAUGGAAUUGAGAGCACAGAAUUUCGAUGUCAUCAGACUUUCAACGUAUCGAACAGCCUGUAAACUGCGGUUUGUACAAAAGAGAUGUAAUCUUCAUCUUGUUGAUAUCUGGAAUAUGAUUGAAGCCUUCCGAGAUAAUGGCCUUAACACUUUGGAUCAUAACACAGAGAUCAACGUGUCUCGACUAGAAACAAUCAUUUCAUCCAUCUACUACCAGCUAAACAAACGCCUUCCUUCUACUCACCAAAUCAGUGUAGAGCAAUCCAUCAGCCUCCUCCUCAACUUCAUGAUAGCAGCAUAUGACAGUGAGGGCCAUGGGAAGCUGACGGUGUUUUCAGUGAAAGCGAUGUUAGCAACGAUGUGUGGUGGUAAAAUACUGGACAAACUAAGAUAUAUUUUCUCUCAAAUAUCAGACUCAAAUGGACUAAUGAUAUUUACAAAAUUUGAUCAGUUUUUGAAAGAAGUUCUAAAACUCCCAACAGCUGUGUUUGAGGGGCCUUCUUUUGGAUACACGGAGCAUUCUGUACGGACCUGUUUCCCACAACAAAAAAAGAUCAUGCUAAACAUGUUUUUAGACACAUUGAUGGCUGAUCCACCUCCUCAGUGCCUUGUGUGGCUGCCUCUUGUGCACAGACUUGCCCAUGUUGAAAAUGUCUUCCAUCCCGUGGAAUGUUCGUACUGCCGCUGUGAGAGCAUGAUGGGUUUCCGGUACCGAUGCCAGCAGUGCCACAAUUACCAGCUCUGUCAAAACUGUUUCUGGCGUGGCCAUGCAAAUGGUCCUCACAGCAACCAGCACCAGAUGAAGGAGCAUUCCUCUUGGAAAUCACCUGCAAAGAAGCUGAGCCAUGCAAUUAGUAAAUCACUUGGUUGUGUACCAAGCAGAGAACCACCUCGGCCCAUGUUCCCUGAGCAGCCAGAAAAGCCCCUUGAUCUGGCACAUAUAGUUCCUCCUCGGCCUCUGACUAACAUGAAUGACACCAUGGUGACCCACAUGUCCUCUGGAGCACCUACACCAACAAAAAGGAGGUUACAGUGCAUCCCGGAGGCUGCCGGCCGAGUAGCUGACGAGCAUGCACUGAUCGCGAGCUACGUGACCCGACUGCAGAGCGGUGCACGCAGUGUCCUGGACAGCCCCGGCCGGCUGGACGAGGAGCACAGGCUGAUCGCCAGGUACGCCGCCCGGCUGGCCGCCGAAGCUGGGAAUGCACCUCGCCCACCAGCAGACCUGGGAUUCAGCUUUGAUGCCAACAAACAGCAAAGGCAGCUGAUAGCAGAGCUGGAAAACAAAAACAGAGAGAUACUCCAAGAAAUUCAGCGUCUCAGGCUGGAACAUGAACAAGCCUCUCAACCCACCCCGGAGAAAGCCCAGCAGAACCCAACUUUGUUGGCUGAGCUCCGGCUCCUACGGCAGAGAAAAGAUGAGCUGGAGCAGAGGAUGUCAGCACUGCAGGAGAGCAGGAGAGAGCUGAUGGUGCAGCUGGAAGGGCUGAUGAAGCUGCUCAAAGAAGAAGAGCAAAAGCAGGCAGCGCAAGCAGCAGGCUCAGCGCACUCCUCGCCCACCCACGGUGCCGGCCACCCCAUGCCCAUGCCUGUCAGAUCCACCUCCGCCGGCUCCACCCCCACCCACGGCCCACAGGACACGCUGGCAGGUCUCAGGGGAGAUGUGCAGGAAGCUUUCACACAAGGUACGAGGAGGAACCUCCGCAAUGACCUGCUGGUAGCGGCCGAUUCCAUCACCAACACCAUGUCAUCGCUGGUGAAGGAGCUUCAUUCUGCAGAGGAAGAAGAUGAAGAGGAAACAGAGAAAAUGCAGAACGGGAAGGAGCAAGGUUAAGGACGGCUGUGGAUGGCACCGUUGUUCAGAUCUUGCCUCUUCUGGGGGAAUAGCAGCCAGCACCAGCCUCGCCUUGGCUUGCAAAGUCAAGUGUGGACCUUGGGACCAUGGUGUCCUGGUGUCAUUUACUCAGGAGCUCGGGUUUCCUCUGUUUCGUGGGUUGUCUGAGGUCCAAGGUGAGGAGCUCUGAGCCCAGCAGGGCAUUCUAUGGUCAUGGACAGGGGAUGGUGCUGGAAGCUUGGUCCCCUCAAAAGUUGCCGGGGAUGUCCCCAGGGAUGCACAGUUCCCAAGCAGAAGAUUCAGGAGGUCCCAAUGCAGGAGCUUGACUCAUCUUCUGCAAACAUGCAGGAGCGGGUCUCCAAAGCUCAUGCUGAUGGCACAUUGUGUGUUUCUGUGACAGAUUUAAGCUGAAAGAGGGGAGAUUUAGGUGAGACAUUAAGAAGAAAUAAUUUGCCAUGAGGGUGGUGAGACACUGGCCCAGGUUGCCCAGAGCAGCUGUGGCUGCCCCAUCCCUGGCAGUGUUGAAGACCCGGUUGGAUGGGGCUUGGAGCAACCUGGUGUAAUGGGAGGUGUCCCUGCCCAUGGCAGGGAGUUGGGACUAGAUGCUCUUUAAGGUCCCUCCAACCCAAGCCGUUUGAUGACUCUGUGAUUGGCUGAUUCCCACGGCACAGGUGUGAAGUUUCACCCCGUCCUCAGGCAGAGACACGUUCCAGCUGACACAUCCACCAUCUUGCAACUGCAGCCGAGCUCAACCACCUGCUGAUGAGAGCGGCUUCCUCCCAACCACCCAGAGAGGAUGGUCCCCACCAGCACUUGCCUCUUAGGUCAUUGCAUGUCCCGUUCCACGUGUUUACUAAUGAGGAUCAGGCAGUGCCCCAUCAAACUCACCAAUUUAUGGGGAGAAAAAAGAAAAAGAAAAAA